AUGCUCCAAGGAACCUGCAUUUUACUAAUCUCUGUUCUGUGUUCGUUUUUACCACAUGGAACACCAAUGCUUAACCUCACUCUUCCCGGGCAACACCCAGAUCCCGAAGCUGUUGCCCGAGAAGUUCAUAGUAAGGUUAAAGCUUCAAUUGCAAGAAGGGAAAUGUUAUCAAUAUCACAUAAAGAUGAAGUACAAUCAUGCCUAACAGGGAACCCAAUCGACGAUUGUUGGAAAUGCAACACAAAUUGGUUCAACAAUCGACAAAGACUAGCUGAUUGUGCAAUUGGGUUCGGUCAGAACGCAAAGGGAGGCAAAGGCGGUGACUUUUACAUCAUCACGGACUCUUCAGACGAUAACCCUGUGAACCCAAAACCUGGCACACUAAGAUACGCAGUGAUACAAAACGAGCCACUGUGGAUAGUGUUCCCCACUAACAUGAUGAUUAAGCUCUCUCAGGAACUCAUCUUCAACAGCUACAAAACCAUCGAUGGUCGUGGCGCUGACGUUCACAUUGUCGGUGGUGGCUGCAUCACUCUUCAGUAUAUAACCAACGUCAUCAUCCACAAUAUUCACAUUCACCACUGUCACCCCUCGGGUAACACUAACGUUCGCUCGAGCCCACAGCACUACGGUUUUCGAACGUUAUCUGACGGCGACGGAAUAUCCAUAUUUGGCUCGAGGGACAUAUGGAUCGACCACUGCACAUUGUCACGCUGCAAGGACGGUUUAAUUGAUGCCGUGAUGGGCUCAACGGCGAUAACCGUUUCCAACAACCAUUUCUCGCACCACAACGAGGUGAUGCUGUUGGGACACAGCGAUAACUACCUACCUGACUCGGGCAUGCAGGUCACGCUCGCGUUUAACCACUUCGGCGAAAACCUGGUACAGAGGAUGCCACGUUGCAGGCUGGGAUACUUCCAUGUGGUGAACAACGACUUCACGAGGUGGGAGAUGUAUGCGAUUGGGGGAAGUGCGGGACCCACAAUAAAUAGCCAGGGGAACCGGUUCACGGCACCGGAGAAUCCUUACGCGAAGGAAGUGACGAAGAGGGAAACAGGGGAAUGGAGUGGGUGGAAUUGGAGGUCAGAAGGAGAUGUAAUGGUGAAUGGAGCGUUCUUCGUGGGUUCUGGGGAAAGUGGUGAGGUGAAGUACCAGAAUGCGUACAGUGUUGACCCCAAAUCCGCCGAUCGUAUCUCCGUCCUCACCAUGGCCGCCGGUGUUCUCGGCGUCGCCAGGGACAAUAAUGUGGGUAUGUGGACUAGAGGACCCAACGAUGGUGGUGGUUAUAUUUCAGAUUUUGGCCCAGAAUACACGGACGAUAUGUCACGGAGUAAAAUGCCAUUGCCACCUCCACGUAUUUUGACUCUUCUAUUUGCUUUUGUUGCUUUCUUGUGUUUGUUGUCUCACACAACACCCUUAACAGUUGUUCUAUAA